GCGCCGCCAUCUUGGAGCUCCGGAUGAGGAGGGGGAAAGUGGGGGAAAAGAGGGAAAAGAGCCGGGAGAGAGGUGGGCGAGGACGCGGGCAAGGGCACGGCAGGGCCCUGGCCGGCCAAAAGAGGCUCGCGGAAGCAGCAGCCGCCGCCCGACCGCAGCUGGAUUUUGAAGAUUGAUCCAAGGGACUGUAUUAAUUUCAGAAAUUGAUUUGAAAGACACUGGCUCUGCCACUUAACAACCAUGUAACCUUGGAUAUGGAAGACAGAAGCAGUAUUGCCAUGUUAGUGCCAGAUACAGGGGAACAAGAAACUAUAUUGACGGCUGAAGGUAUCAUCACUCCUUCAUUAGAAAUCAAUGAGCAAAGAAAAGCUAAAGCAGAUCCAUUAAUUCAUGUUAUACAGAAGUUAAGCAAGAUAGUGGAGCAUGAAAAGUCACAAAAAUGUCUUCUGAUUGGGAAAAAACGCUCACGUUCAAAUACUACAGCACGCUGUCUUGAAACCCAAGAACUUUGUGAGAUUCCAGCAAAAGUAACCCAGUCACCUGCUGCUGACAUUAGAAAGGCUGAGAUGUCACAAGCAAAUUUCACACCUGACUCUCUUGCCCAGAAUGAUGGGAAGGCAAUGUCUUACCAGUGUAGCCUUUGUAAGUUUCUGUCAUCCUCUUUUUCUGUGUUAAAAGACCAUAUCAAGCAGCAUGGUCAGCAGAAUGAGGUAAUAUUAAUGUGCUCAGAGUGCCAUAUUACAUCCAAAAGCCAAGAGGAGCUUGAAGCUCAUGUGGUAAAUGACCAUGAAAAUGAAGCCAAUAGUCACAUCCAGUCUAAAGCCCAACAGUGCAUAAGUCCCUCCAACUCCUCAUGUCCAAGAACCACUGAAAGAAAUAAUGAAACCAUUCCUGACAUCCCAAUAAAUGUGGAUAGUUCGCAAACUCAUACUGUACAAACUUCAUCCGUGACUGAAAUGGGUAGGAGGAAAUGGUAUGCAUAUGAACAAUAUGGCAUGUAUCGAUGCUUGUUUUGUAGUUAUACUUGUGGCCAGCAGAGAAUGUUGAAAACACAUGCUUGGAAACAUGCAGGGGAAGUUGACUGUUCCUAUCCAAUCUUUGAAAAUGAAAAUGAGCCUCUUGGCUUGCUGGAUUCUUCAGUAUCUGCUGCACCAGGUGGGGUUGAUGCAGUAGUCAUUGCUAUUGGAGACAGUGAACUGAGUAUCCACAAUGGACCAUCGGUACAAGUGCAAAUUUGCAGCUCAGAACCGUUGUCGUCAUCUUCAUCUCCUUUAGAACAUAGUGCAGAAGGGGGCGUAGACCUAAGUCAGUCAGUUACCCUUGACCCUAAUGAAGAAGAAAUGCUAGAGGUGAUCUCUGAUUCAGAGGAGAAUCUGAUUGCUGAUAGCCUACUUUCGUCGGCACAGAAAAUCAUCAGCAGUAGCCCAAAUAAGAAAGGUCAUGUUAAUGUGAUAGUGGAGCGUUUGCCAAGUGCAGAAGAAACACUUUCACAGAAACAUUUCCUCAUGAAUACUGAAAUUGAAGAAGGGAAAAACUUGAACCCAACAGAAACCCAGACUGGCUGUGGAGAAACUGAUGACAUUUAUCAUGCUGACAAAUGUACUGUUGACAUUGGGGGGUUGAUCAUAGGCUGGAGCAAUCCAGAAAAGAAAGACAAUGAGUUAAUAAGUAAAGGCUUAGCUACUGAUGAAAAUGCCCCACCUGGCCGAAGAAGGACAAAUUCUGAGUCCCUUAGACUACAUUCAUUAGCUGCAGAAGCCCUUGUCACAAUGCCUAUACGAGCUGUAGAACUAACAAGAGCCAAUCUUGGACAUUAUGGGGAUAUAAACCUCUUAGAUCCAGAUACUGGACAAAAGCAAGUAGAUAAUCCAUUGGCAGCAUAUUCAAAAAUGAUGUCACCGCUUAAAAACUCUUCAGAUGGCUUAUCUAGUUUUAACCAGAGCAACUCUACCUUGGUAGCACUUCCAGAGUGUAGACAGGAAUUGUCAGAUGGACAAGUUAAGACAGGCAUCAGCAUGUCCCUACUUACUGUAAUUGAAAAAUUGAGAGAAAGGACAGAUCAAAAUGCUUCAGAUGAUGACAUUUUGAAAGAGUUGCAGGACAAUGCCCAGUGCCAACCCAACAGUGAUACAAGUUUGUUGGGAACUAAUGUGGUAGAAUAUAUCCCUAAUGCUGAACGGCCUUACCGUUGUCGCCUAUGUCACUAUACAAGUGGUAAUAAGGGUUACAUCAAGCAGCAUCUACGAGUUCAUCGACAGAGACAGCCAUAUCAGUGUCCUAUUUGUGAGCACAUAGCUGACAACAGCAAAGAUUUGGAGAGCCACAUGAUCAACCACUGUAAAACAAGAAUAUACCAAUGUAAACAAUGUGAAGAAUCCUUUCAUUAUAAGAGUCAGCUGAGGAAUCAUGAGAGAGAACAGCACAGCCUUCCAGACACCUUGUCAAUAGCAGCUUCUAAUGAGCCAAGAAUUUCCAGUGAUACAACUGAUGGAAAAUGUGUUCAGGAAGGGAGUAAGUCUUCAACCCAGAAACAGUAUAGAUGUGAUGUGUGCGAUUAUACAAGUACAACAUAUGUUGGUGUCAGAAACCACAGACGAAUUCAUAACUCUGACAAGCCGUACAGAUGUUCUCUAUGUGGGUAUGUGUGCAGCCAUCCUCCGUCUUUGAAGUCUCAUAUGUGGAAGCAUGCAAGUGACCAAAAUUACAACUACGAACAAGUAAACAAGGCUAUUAAUGAUGCAAUUUCACAAAGUGGCAGAGUUCUGGGGAAAUCCUCUGGAAAAACUCUAUUAAACAGCAGUGAAGAGAGAGCCGAUCCUGUCACUGGAAGUUCAGAAAAUGUGGUGUCAUCCUCCGAGCUGAUUUCCCAAGCACCCAGUGAAGUCAUAGAUCCCAAUGAGAAUGAGAAACUGAGCCCUACAAAUAAUACCUCAUAUAGUUUAGAAAAGAACUCCAGUCUAGCCCCUCCUGGAAUGGAGUAUUGCGUUUUGCUCUUCUGUUGUUGCAUUUGUGGUUUUGAAUCAACCAGCAAAGAAAAUCUCUUGGAUCAUAUGAAAGAGCAUGAGGGUGAAAUUGUAAACAUCAUCCUAAAUAAAGACCACAGCACAACUGUAAACACAAAUUAGCUGGAAUAGUUAACCACAGUUUCACCUUUGUGCUGUCAGAUAACUAACCUACUAGAUGCAAAAAAACUAGUUGGUGUGAGAGGAAAUGACAGGUGUGACUUUGGAACCAAACUUGUGAUGUAAUAAAAUUAAUUCCAAAUGGAUAAACAGUAAUAUUUAAAUAUUUUGAGUGAGGGGAAGUGGGUUGAGGUGGAACAAAGAUGUAAUCGGUAUUAAUCCUCUAUCACCCCUUCUUAGUGUUGAGUGUAUUUAUUAUUAAAAGCUUAUUAUAGUUUAGACAUACAUGCAAGCAAGAGUUAAGAAAGGGCUUUUCAGGAACUCUUCUAAAACUUGUUAUAAAAGUGUCACAGUCUUAGCAGAGCUUAACUUUCUUGUGUUUACUUUUGACAUGCCAGCUCUGGAAUCGCUGGGUCUCUUGUGAGAAUGGCACAUAGCUUCUAGAGGGUUUUUUUUUUUUUUUUCAGAGUCUACAAGGAAGCAGAUAGAGGGCUUUGAAAUGAUCCACUUAUAUCUUCCCCUGAAUUUAUCAUAUACUCAAUAAGAAUUUAUCAUAUACUCAAUCUGGGAUGUUCCUUUAUUCCCAAAAACAAAAGAAAGACCUCUAAACCAAAUCUGGAUUAUAAAUAGACAUAUAUAAGAAGUAAAUUGUUGUCUUAAAUUUACAGUGAGUUUUUGGUAGGAAUAGGAAGAAAUGGGUUCAUUCCAACCAGACUCAAAUCAAUCUCAAGUUCACAGAAUUGGUGACUAGUUGAGCACAGCAGGGCACUUCUCACAGGUUCCUUUCAGAGUGUCUGGAAGAACACAGCACACUUUCGAUAGUUAAAUAGGCUUUCUGAUCCUCAGUGCUAAGUGAGGAUUCCUUGUUAUUUGAAUGAGUCUCUUAAAGCAGCAACAGAGUAUGAAAAAUUACAUCAGGCCUUAGCAAUAGUUUGAACACUAAGAUAAAAAUGAAGUUGAGGGAGAAAAUUCAGAGGACUCUUAAACGUAGUACUGCUGUUGAGAUUUUCCUUUCUGAAGUUUUAUUUAGUUUUUAGCAGAAGAGAAAUAACCAAAUGUGACCAAAAUAUAGUAAAAAUUCAAGUUGUUUGUAAAAAUUUUAAUUAGCAAACAGAAUUUGGCAAUUCUAUAGGAUUUCUUUCUAAGAAAUUCUGUUUAGAGUGUGAUGUGGAAAACUAAGUAAACGUGCUGUCGCAGUAAAACUUGCCAUCAAAUACACAUAAGUUUCUCGUUAAUUACAUAUUUUGUAUUAUAAUUGUUUCAGUGGGUGAAAAAAAAACAGGGUGUUUUGUUUUUGUAGUUCUGAUCACUUAUUUAUACAUUAUUUUUUUGUUAAAUUCUGCCUCCAGUCAAAAGGCAGGUGCACCAUUCAGUGCGCCAUCUUCAUGGUGCUAUUUCAGAUGAACAUUCUGAAUAUCCAUUUCUAACAUUUAGAGUUGAGGUUGUGACUCUGAUAAACUUAGAACACCAAAAGCAAGAGUUUCAUGAAUGGAAUAUUAUAUAGGCAAAGUUUUCAGAAAGAAUUUUGCUCCCAAAGUCCAGGUAUAAAUAAAAUGAAUUAAUAUUUUUAAGAUAGUGUUAGGAACUAUGUAAGUGGGGCCAGCCAUCUUGAAACACUGUCUAAUUUGUUUUUAUUUUUCUCAUUUUGAUGAUGAUAUUUAAACAUACAGUUGGCUGUAACUUUGCAGCUCUUUGAUUUAGGUAGCUUUAAUUUAUUUGUGAAAGUUAAUUCAUUUCUGAUAUAUGCUUUUUGAAAAGAUAAAAUGAAUUUAUAUAUAGUAAACUAUAUUUCCCAAAUCCACUAUACAUGGAUUUAAAUAAAUGCAUUUUCUCCUAUUUCAGAAUUGAACCAUUUAUAUUUAAUUUUGAAUUCAAAUAAAAUCCUUUAAAGGUUCCUUUUCAUCAUUGUUGUUGCCACUCUAUGUACAUUAAUUUUUCAUUUCUGGUGACUGUGACUUUGACUCAAUGUUUCUUUAUAAAAUUUUGUUAUUCGGAAAAGUAACAAUCUUAGAAGAAUUUUCCUUGGCUUUACUUUUCCAUAAUCCUUUGGAAAAUACUAAUAAUGCCCCCCCAAAAAAAUCCCAAAAUUUCAAGUGUGACUUUUUAAAUUGCCUCUCUUUAUUUUCUUAAACCACUUCUUUUGAUUGUUACUUAAAUAUUCCAUUUGAAAUCAUGAAUUUAAUUCCCUACCCCUUAGGGAAGUUAACCCAGAAGUUCAACCCCCUUAAACUUUCACCUGAUUCUGGCUUUCAAUUGUCCAUAAAAACUUUCUCUUGGCCUACAGAAGGAAAUAUGUACCAAGAAUAUUUUAAAUCUUUCCAUUAUUAUUUUGUGGCAAGGCUUAAAAGUGUUUCUGCCAAGAACAAUUGAGUUUUCUAAAAGUAAUAAUGAAGAUUAAAUAUGCAAUUAUAAUUGUAGAAAAAAGUUAUUAAAAUAAUGAAUAGGGAAUCCCUUUAUAGGAAUAAUUAUUUAUUGCUACUAGACCUUUUGUCAUAUAGAGUUCAUACUAUUUGCUCUGAACACUUAUACAGUUCUAAGAUUUGAUAGUGAAAAUAGUUUUAAAAUAAACUAAAUUCAGCAAAGGUGAGAAUCAGGGAGAUAAUGCAUUCUGAUCAUUAUAAAUAACACUUUUCAGGGCUCUGAUGUUUUCUCCCUUUCUUUAAUAAUCCAGAAUGUGGUUGGUGUCCCCAGUGUUCCAACAGUACUGUGCUUAUAUUCCUCUUGAUCUGUAGACUUAAGUUCUGUGGCCAGACAGUGCGUGUGUGACACUGACUGAAGCCUUUGAUUUAGAUGUUUCAUCUUCUUCAGGGUAGCUGUUGAUGGCUUUAUAAUGAUUUUCUGUUUUUUUCUCACAAAGCAAAUGGUGGGCAUCCAUGUUUACAUUGUAUCUUCCUGUAGCGUACUUGGCUUGGCAAAGACAAGCAGGCUUCUCUAUGAGACUUAUAUUUUUAGUUUUCAUAGACACUUAUUUAAUCUUUUUUUAUUGUACAGCAAGGUGCUCUAAGUAAUAUUCUAUAAAAUAUAUUUAAUAGAAAUUUGAGUUUGAUAUUCAUGGAUAUGAAUACAUGUAUUUUUUUAAGAAAUAAUUAUUGUGUAACACUAAGGCAUUGCUUCUAUAGCCAAAGUAUAAAAGUUUCUGGAACACUGACAUGUAAAGACUACAGUUAAUUCUGACACUGUAUCUUAUUAAAAAUAGGAUGAUUUGCAUUUUGUAAAAUUAUCCUGCACAUUGAGCUGCAUGCCUUAAAGCUGAAACUCUAGGAUUGUGUUCAUGGUAGAACAGUUUAUCUGUUCAGAACAGUGAAGCAAGGUCUAUAGCGCUUCUUUAACUACCUUUGGAAAUACUGUACAAUGUUAGAAUAAUUUAUUUUGCUUUACAGGAGUUUGUCAUGUAUUGACUUUAAUAUUGUAUUUUGGUAAUAAAUUUUUUGUUAAAAACA